AUGGCCCAUCCAUUCGACUCGGGUGCCACCACACCUCGAUUAAGCAUGGAGAAUCUAUCCAACCAGGCUGGCACAAUUGCCAGUUCCAAGGAGGAACAAACCGACGUUGAAAGUGCACGCGAACCAGCAGUCCAAGAAAAGCCUACUGAAAAAGACCCAAAUCUUGUCGACUGGGAUGGUCCCGAUGACCCUGAAAACCCGCAAAACUUCAGCACGUUGCGCAAAUGGGUCAUUACUUUGACCAUGUCUUCCAUGACCAUGUGGAUCACCUUUGCAUCCAGUGUCUUCUCUACAGCAACUCAAGUUACCGCAAAGGAGUUCAAUGUCUCCACCGAAGUCAUGGUCCUGGGCACCAGUCUGGUCGUCUUUGGCUUUGCGCUUGGCCCGCUUUGCUGGGCACCACUGAGCGAACUAUAUGGCCGUCGCAUCCCCCUGUUCUCCGGCUAUGCCAUCUUCGCCAUCUUCCAAAUCCCCGUGGCCGUGGCUCAAAACCUAGAGACGGUCCUCGUUUGUCGUUUCCUGGUGGGUGUCUUUGGCUGCUCGCCUCUAGCCGUUGUCGGCGGUGCCAUGGCCGAUAUAUGGAACCCCGUCGACCGCGCAGUGGCCAUCGCCAUGUUCAGCUCAGCAACCUUCCUCGGACCCGUCCUGGGACCAAUCAUCGGCGGCUUCAUCACAGAUUCAUAUCUAGGCUGGCGCUGGACAGCCUGGAUAACCCUCAUUGCCUCAUCGUUCUUCGGCCUAGUCGCCCUCCUCGUUGUCCCAGAGACAUACGGCCCCGUCCUCCUCCAAAAGCGCGCAGCUCGCCUACGCACCGAAACCCGCAACUGGGCCCUCCACUCCUUCCUCGACGAACACAAGCCAACAAUGUCCGACAUCGUAACUAAAUACCUCCUCCGCCCCUUCCAAAUGCUCUUCCAGGAACCCAUCCUCCUCUUCAUAACCCUCUACCUAGCCCUAAUCUACGGCAUCCUAUACCUCUUCUUUGAAGCCUACCCAAUCUCCUUCGGCGAGGUGCGCGGCUGGUCCCACGAAGGCGUAGCAGCCCUUCCAUUCCUGGGGAUCCUCAUCGGCGUCGUAUUGGGCGUUUGUCUCAUCGUCUACACGACCAAGACCCGCUUUGCGCGCAAACUCGCCAAACACGGUCGUGUCGUUCCUGAGGAACGUCUCGUGCCCAUGAUGAUCGCUUCUGUCCUCUUGCCCAUUGGACUCUUCUGGUUCGGAUGGACUUCUGAUCCCAGUAUCUCUUGGGUGCCGCAGGUCAUUGCCGGCGUGCCGAUUGGAAUGGGCAUCUUGGUUAUCUUCAUGCAGGGCUUGAACUACAUCAUUGAUGUCUAUAUGAUGUUUGCAAACUCGGCCAUUGCGGCUAAUACCCUUGUUCGUUCCACGCUUGGUGGUGCGUUCCCCUUGUUUGCUACGCAGAUGUAUACCAAUCUCGGGGUGGAUUGGGCCUCUAGUGUUCUUGGGUUUAUUUCUCUUGCUAUGGUUCCUAUUCCGUUCUUGUUCUUCUUCUAUGGUGCGAAGAUUCGGGCUAUGAGCAAGUUUAGUCCUAAGUUCUGA